UUGUACUUUCCUCCUAACCUCCGAUUUCUUCAAUAGGUUGCCUCUGGAACUUUCUUCGACUGACCGAAGAGGCUAGUAUCGCCUGGCUCCACCGAGUCCGGCCUUUUACCGUCAUUGCUUAAACUCUGUCGGCGAUCUCACGAAGAUCGCUUCUGAGGCCGCGGAAGAAGGACUCUGGUGAAGAACCGCCCCUUUUUCAAGACACGGUGAGCAAACGUAAAAUCAAGAAAAAUCAUACCCCGAUAGUCGAAUUCCCAAAAUACGAAUCUUUGAAGAGCCAACUUUGUCCCAGUCUAGAAUUUGCCAAGUUCCAGUUUUGCUCAGAUCUGUUGUGUGAUAGCAAUGGCGGAUUAUCACUUUGUGUACAAGGACGUGGAAGGAUCGUCCACCCAGUGGGAUGAUAUCCAGAGAAAGCUUGGCAAUUUACCCCCAAAACCACCUGCGUUCAAGCCGCCACCGUUUACGCCUGCACCUGAUGAGGAUUCGGUUCCGAAAGAUAAGGCCUGGAUUGAUGACAAAACGGAACAAGAGCUCGAAGAGCUUGAAGACGAUCUCGAUGAUGAUAGAUUCCUUGAGGAGUACAGGAAGAAGAGGCUGACCGAGAUGAGAGAGGCAGCUAAAGUUUUGAGGUUUGGAUCGAUAAUUCCAAUAUCAGGAUCUGAUUUUAUUCGAGAGGUUUCACAGGCUCCAUCUGAUGUUUGGGUUGUUGUACACCUUUACAAGGAAGGAAUUCCUGAAUGUGGACUUCUAAUGCAAUGCUUAGAAGAAUUGGCUACAAGAUACCCUGCAACAAAAUUUGUCAAGAUAAUAUCUACUGAUUGUAUUCCAAACUACCCAGAUCGCAAUCUUCCCACUUUGUUGGUUUACAACAGUGGAGCAGUUAAAGCAAAUUAUGUGGGCUUGCACGCUUUUGGCCGGAGAUGUACUCCUGAAGGUGUUGGAUUAGUACUAUGCCAAUCAGAUCCUGUGCUGAACGAUGGCCAGAGUGGGAAUGAACAAUCAAGAAAAGCUGUCAUCGAUGGUGUUCGCAAGAGGUUCAUAGAGAAAGUUGUUGCUGAGCACGAGCAGAAGGAUGAUGAUGGUUCCUCUGAGUGAUUAGCAUGUUUGCUUGUGUUUAUGUCUUUCCGUAAUUAAGAUAUUUGUUUUCAUGAAGAGAAGCAAUAAAGGUAGGAAUUUUGUGCCUCCCACAACUUUGCUUUCCUUAAUAUGCUCUUUCUGAGUCCCGUGUAAUUGUGAAAUUGACAGUAGUAUUUUUUUCUGAUGUGUGAUUCCCUGUCAUUAGAUGCUAAAUCAAUCCAAAUUUGUAUUUA